AUGGUGGGUCGAAAAAAUACUCCCGAAUCAAAGGGCAAGUAUUGGUGUGUUGUACCAGGGUGCAAUUCCGAUUCAAGAAAGAAAAAUAAACUAGAUAAAUAUCCUUGGAUGGAGGAUGUCUCCUUUGAACCCUUCCCAACGAAACGCAAAGAGCCAAAACUUCGAGCGAAAUGGAUCACCAUGAUACGGCGCCCCAAAGAAUAUGAACCUUUAGCUCAUCACAGAGUUUGCACGAAACAUUUCGUAGGAAAUUGUCGCUCAGAAAAUCAUACAAUCCCAGAACUUUUCCCAUGGAAUAAUUACAAAUCAGUAUCUACAACAAAACCCCUGUCUAUUGAGAAGCGAGAACGAGCAAUGGAGCAAAGUGCAACAGUACCUGCAUUCCAAGACAAGGAAAACUCAGACCCAGCACAUAUGCUGCAAGUAUCAUCGUCAUCUCAGCAGCACGUACCAGUAGACAUACGUGUGGGCCUGCCAUUUGCUGUGUAUGAAACAGUUGUAGAGUCUUGCAAACUUUCAGAGUCAGCACCAUCCACAACUACUGAAACAGAUCACAGCUACAGCAGACCACUUGUAGACAGGUUUCUAACAACCAGUGAUGAUGUUGAAGAUAAAGGUACACAGACAGACCUCACUUCUGAAGACAUGAACAACACUUCGAGAGAAAAUGAACAAUUAAAGGCAAAACUCAGUGAUAAAGAUGCACUUCUCAGAAACCUGUUCAUUGAAAAAGUAACCAAAAAUGACAAAUCUAUCCAACAAUAUACUGGGUUACCAAAUUUAGAAACUUUUAAUAAAAUUAGUGACUUAACAUUAAAGUAUGAACCAAAUUUGAAAUACUGGACCGGUGAACAUAGCGAAAACGAAAAAAGCUAUCAAAAUAGAGGGAAUAAGCCCGGUCCAUCUAGAAAGCUAUCAAGGUACCAGGAAUUGAUCCUUACACUUGUGCGAUUUCGCCUUGCAUUGCCAGUGGUAGUUAUGUCUGAUUUAUUUGGGGUGUCUUGUUCCAGAAUCUCUUCUAUAUUCUCAACCUGGAUUUUUUAUAUGUAUUUCAUGUUUAAAGAUUUCAUUUUCUGGCCAUCCCGAGAACUAGUGAAGAAGUUCAUGCCAAAAUCUUUUUACAAAUUUCCAAGGACCAGAGCUAUCAUAGACUGUUCAGAGAUUUUCAUUCAGAGACCCAGGGACCCCUCUGUAAAUGCUAGGACAUAUAGUACAUAUAAAUCUCACAACACCUUUAAAUUUCUGGUGAGCAUUACACCAACAGGUGCUUUUAACUUUGUGUCUCAAAUAUGGGGAGGGAACACUUCUGACAGGUACAUUACCAUGAAUUCUGGUUUCUUAGAUUAUGUGUCACCGGGAGACGAGAUUAUGGCUGACCGGGGUUUCACCAUUCGAGAUUUACUUACAGAGAGACAUGCUUAUCUGAAUAUACCACCAUUUACUCGUAAGUGUACUUGGGGCAAAGGGAAGUACCUUACAUCUACUCAAAUUAAAAAAACCCGUCAAAUUGCAAAUUUGAGAAUCCAUGUUGAGAGAGCCAUUCAAAGGUUGAAAUCAUUUAAACUAAUUUCUCAGAUUCUACCCUGGAGUAUGAAAUCUUUAGUCAAUCCGAUGAUCAUUUUAGGUGCAUUCUUUUGUAACUUAAAGAAACCUCUUGUAACCAAGUGACACUGUAUGCAGUUUGAAUCAAAUAAAUCCCAUGAUCUCAUUUUAAACAAUAUUUAAUUUUGUCAUCAA